UUCUCAUAUUUCAUUGAAGAGCUGAAUUCUGGAAUUUGAGCUUUGUAAAACAUUUAGUUGUAGUAGUUGUUUUUAAAAGAUUCUCCUCAACAUGAGUGACUACUUGGAAAUGGAAAAUGCUAAAAUGAUUGUAGAAAGCACUGAUAUUCAGAUGAAGAAUGAACAGAAUCUGGGUGUUCUACAAGAAGACAUUGAAAUGAAUGGGGAAUCAAGUGCAAUUGAUGCCAAUGAACAUUACUCCAGUGGACAUGACUCUCGUAGUAAUGAGGGUGAAGAAAAUGGAAAAGAAACAGCUAUGAUAAUGGAAUCUUUAGAAUGUUAUAAAAGCAGUGAACUGACUUCAAAAUCGAAAAUUCAGAAGGAACUGAUAAAAACGUUGCAAGAAUUAAAAGGGCAUCUUCCUCCUGAUAAAAUGAUCAAAGGCAAAUCUACUAUCCUAUCAACUCUGAAAUAUGCACUCCGGAGCAUUAAGCAAGUUAAAGCCAAUGAAGAAUAUUAUCAGUUGAUGAUGACAAAUGAGACCUAUCCCUGUGGUCUUGAUGUAUUGUCCUAUACUGUUGAAGAUGUCGAAAAUAUUACUACAGAGUACAUCAUGAAGAAUUCAGACAUGUUUGCUGUAGCUGUUUCUUUGGCUACUGGGAAAAUUCUCUACAUCUCUGAUCAGGUUGCUUCAAUUCUUCAUUGUAAGAAAGGUUCCUUUAAAAAUGCCAGAUUUGUGGAAUUUCUGGCACCCCAGGAUGUUAGUGUGUUCUAUAGUGCUACUACUCCAUACAGAUUGCCAUCGUGGAGUAUUUGCAGUGGAGUUGAAUCUACCAUACAAGAGUGCAUAGAAGAGAAAUCUUUUUUCUGCCGCAUCAGUGCAGGAAAAGAGCAUAUAAAUGAGAUUUGCUACCACCCAUUUCGUAUGACUCCAUAUCUUAUUAAAGUACAGGAUAUAGAGGAUCAGCUUUGCUGUGUAUUGCUUGCAGAAAAGGUGCACUCUGGAUAUGAAGCACCAAGAAUUCCUCCUAAUAAAAGAGUCUUUACAACCACACAUACACCAAGUUGUUUAUUCCAAGAUGUAGAUGAAAGAGCUGUGCCUCUGUUGGGUUACUUACCUCAGGAUUUAAUUGGGACCCCUGUCUUAAUGCACCUUCAUCCAAGUGAUCGACCUUUAAUGCUAGCAAUUCACAAAAAAAUACUUCAGUGCGGUGGUCAGCCAUUUGACUAUUCACCAAUCAGAUUCUGUACUAGAAAUGGUGAAUAUGUAACUCUGGAUACUAGCUGGUCUAGUUUCAUCAACCCCUGGAGUCGAAAGAUUUCCUUUAUAAUUGGAAGACACAAAGUUAGAACAGGUCCCUUGAAUGAAGAUGUGUUUGCACCUCAUUGCGCAGAAGAAAAAAAUAUUCAUCCUAAUGUUCAGGAAAUUACGGAACAAAUACAUCGGUUAUUAUUACAGCCAGUGCAUAACAGUGGCUCUAGCGGCUAUGGAAGCUUGGGCAGCAAUGGAUCGCAUGAACACCUUAUGAGUGUGGCUUCCUCCAGUGACAGCAAUGGGAACAAUAAUGAAGAUAUCCAGAGGAUCUCCAAGCCUAACUCUUCUCAAGGUACUUGCAAAGAUGGACCUGUGGCCAAAAAUAAAGAAGAGUAUGUCCCCUUUGAUUCCAGAUCACAGCCUGAAAAUAAAAAAAUACCUUAUGGAGAGAAACCCAGUGACCAAUGUGGCCAUAUGAAAAAUUCCACUCCAUUAGCUGAAAAUGAUACUGUUGGAAUUGCUUGUCAAAGAAGCUUAGCUGGAGAUGAAUUGGCUUGGGGAGAUCAGCCUGUGUAUUCAUAUCAGCAAAUCAGCUGUUUAGAUAGUGUUAUCAGGUAUUUGGAAAGUUGCACUGCAGAUGAUGCUGUAAAGAAAAAGUCUCAAACUGUAUCAAAUGCGGUAUCACUGAAGUCGGAUAUACUCAGAAAUAAAAUGAAUGAUAAUAGUAUUACAACAUCCACAGAAGAAAAUGGGCAGACAAAAGCUCAUAUAGGCCCUGCAGUGUUGGAGUCACCAGAUAAAUCUUCUACUGUUGUUGGCGCUCACUUAACCUCUUUGACUUUGCCUGGAAAACCUGAAAGUGUUGUAUCUUUUACCAGUCAGUGCAGCUACAGCAGUACCAUAGUUCAUGUUGGAGACAAAAAAACACAACCUGAAAUAGAAAUAAUAGAAGAUGGUCCCACUGGCACAGAACCCACAGAGGGCCAGCUUGUUGCUCCACAGUCUAACACUUCCCAAAAGAACCAAGAGAAAGAGACAUUUAAGAAAUUAGGAUUAACAAAGGAAGUGCUUGCAGUGCAUACACAAAAAGAAGAGCAGAACUUUUUGAACAAGUGUAAAGAAAUAAAGAAGUCUCAUAUUUUUCAGUAUCAUUGCAAUUACUACUUUCAAGAAAAAAGCCGAAAACAUCCUGGUGGACAUGGUAUUUAUGGACUACAACAUGGCUCUGGCAUAGAACACUCUUGGAAAAAAAAUGGGAAGAACAGGAAAUCUAAAUCAAAACGAUAUAAGCCACACGAGUCUUCAGAUAGUACAGUGUCUGGUACCAAAACCCCCCACAGGUUUCCUCUUCUGGGCCCAAAUGCAACAGGCUGUACCCCAUCAGAUACUUCCCAAGCAAGUCACCCCACCAUGCCUUUUCCUGCCGUUAUGCCUGCAUACCCACUUCCAGUUUUUCCACCUGUAGGGACUGUGCCAUCAGGUCCUGAAGCUUCUCUUUCUGGUUUGAAUGAAUCACAGGACUUGGGAAAUAAUUGUGCUUUGCCCUUAUCACAGUUUCCUGCACCACUAGUGACCCCAAUGGUAGCCCUUGUACUACCCAACUAUGUGUAUCCUCAGGUGAACCACAGUGUUUCUCAAACACUUUAUCCCAACCCACCUAGUUUUUCUGGCCAGCCCUCUUUCUCUUCACCUUCACAGUUUACAGCACAGCCUCCAUUCACUCCCUUAAACCCAUUCCCUCCACAAACAGUGUUUCCAGUGCAACCAUUCCAUUGCAGUCCAUCAGCAGACAACGAAAAGUCCCCUGUCAUAGAAUCCAGAAAUGACCCAUCCCGCUCCUGUACACCACAGUCCUUGGGUCCACAAGAUCAGGCUUCAACACCGUUAUUCCAAUCACGAUGCAGUUCUCCUCUACAGUUGAAUCUUUUGCAGUUAGAAGAAAUGCCUAAAGUAACUGAAAAUGGAACCACUGGUCCAUUGGGCAGCCUUGGAACUGUAACAGAUGGAGGGACCACCUGCAAAACCAUGACAUCAAAGGACUGUAACAGAGAAGCUCCAUCCCCUGUUGAAUCUCCAAUGGAAGCUCAAAAUUGUGAUACUUUCUCUGUAUCAAGUGAUUUACUUGAUAUUCUCCUUCAAGAAGAUGCAAGUUCAUCAAGAAGUGGUGUUUCGGCUGCUACUGAGUCUUUAGGAUCUGGUUCAAAUGGAUGUGGUAUGUCAGGCAGUGGAACAGGAAGUAGCGAGACAAGUCAUACGAGCAAAUAUUUUGGAAGCAUUGAUUCCUCAGAAAAUAAUCAUAAAACAAAAGUUACUGAAGGGGAAGAAAGUGAACAGUUCAUUAAAUAUGUCCUCCAGGAUCCUAUCUGGUUGCUGAUGGCAAAUACAGAUGAUGCUGUUAUGAUGACUUACCAGAUACCAUCAAGAAACUUGGAAGCUGUUUUAAAAGAGGACAAACAGAAACUGAAACAGAUGCAGAAGUUUCAGCCUAAGUUUACUGAGGAUCAAAAAAGAGAGCUUCUUGAAGUGUAUCCACUGAUUCAGAAGGGUGGACUUCCUGAGAUGGUUGCUAAUUCUUUGUGUAUGUAUUGUGAAGACAAUAUAAACAGCCCAUCUUACACACGAGAUGAAGAAGAGGUUCAUGAAAUGGAGCUUAAUGAAAUGAGUGAAGACUGUGGGGAGAAUAAUUUGAAUACACUGAACUGUCAUCAGUGAAGAUGUCUGAUUCGAAAGAUCCAUUUCCACAGUGCCUGCUACAUUUACCAGUUGCAGUUUAUCACUAGAUCUUAAAGAUUUUUAAGCUGUUUCUUGUAAAAUGAAUCUCUCAUAUCAAACGAAUGCAUUUUUUGUUCUAGAAAAAGGUCAUUUGUGAUAAACUUCUUUGAAUGGCAGUAUUUUUUCCAUCACUUGCAGCCAUUGCUGAAGAUGUAUAUUUUGUGUUCUUUUUUUAAUAGCCAGAUUCUGAAGCACCUUUCUGUAAAACUACAGAGAAAUACCAUCAAACAGUUAAAUGUCACAAAACUUUAGAAUUUAUGCCAUUUCAAAAAUUACUUUCCACUCUGCAUUUUUCUGUAAUUGAUAAUAUCCAAACCUUUAUUUUUCAGUCAGAGAAUAUCUAAAAUAAAUUCCAGAUUGAGUGGAUUAUAAAUCCUAAAUAAUUCACAAGUGUUUGAUUUAUCUAAAGGGUUUAGCUUCCCUUGCCCCGUUUCAUUUGAUAAUAUCUGUAUUCUGAUUUCUUGGUAUUGCAAUGAAUGCAAGAAUUUUCACUUUUCUUACAAUAUCCAAACAUCUUUUCAACAUCGUAAAAACAUAUGUACAAAAAUUCUUCUUUUAUCAGUGUUAAAGCAUCAGGCAGUAACCAUACCAAUUUUUUUUCUAAAUUCUGAUAAACUGUCCCUGAAAUUAUGUAUCACUUGCUUGUUAAAUGUUGCAGUUGUUUCUUUUUACAAUUUCCUCUCAUACAUUCACUCAUCAGCUAUUAGUGAUAAUCAUCUGAAACAGUUUUGGGCUGAGAACAGAAAUAUUCAUUAGUAGUAAAAACAAAAACAGAAUCAUUGCCUCACCUUUUAACAUUGGCAUUCUGGUAUGGUUUAGAUAUUGUUUGCAUAAGAGGAAGAGACUUGAAGCUGAUGUAGUUCUUCUGCAUUGGCGUAAUCUUUCUAUAUAGUGGGAAAAAAGCAAAUAGUGUACUGAUCAGCUAGUUGAGUUACUCUUGGUUUAAAAAAACCAGGUGAUUUGUAUCGUUAAGAUUUCUAGUUUUGGAGAAGAUAUGGCUUAGGCCACAUGACAGCUUCCUAUUCUCUUCUUUUGCUUUGUCAGGCCAGUACAGGUUGCUUUACCAGUUGGAGUACAGCUGCUUUUCUUUCUACUGAUUCUGUUGCCACUGUAUGUGUGUUAUCCUUAUGAUGAGCAGCAUGGCCUUCUUUGGCAGCUAAAGAAGAUAGAAACCGAAGUGUUUUGCUCUUGAUAUAUAUUUUAAAAUUUUGUGUGUAUAUGUGUGUGUGUAUAUAUAUAUAUAUAUUGUGCAGGGGAUGGGAAACUAUUCAGAAAGCCCAACUUUAUUUGAAGCUAGAUGUUUUUAAAUAUUUCUUGUUUCACAAACAUCAGUUUCGAAUGAUAAUGGAAACAUGGAUGUAAUUGUAAUUGUGUUGUAGAGAAAUUGUAGCUGCAGGCCAUUGUAGAAGAUGAUUUCAUAUAUUACUCAUGCUUCAAAAAAAAAGAAAAGCUGAAAGCACAAUAUAUCUGUAGGUAGAUGGACAUAUGCCAUAUAUAUUCAUGUAUAAGUCACCCUCCUGUAGAAUUCAAGAGCAGGUUUGGGGGCCAAAAUCAUUGUCUUUUAUAUGAUCCAUGGAUAAAUUGAGGCUUAUUCCACAGAGAGAGUUCCAGCAAUGUUUCAGGACCAGACAGCCCUUGUUGCAACUGCCAUUUUCUCAGUCAGGCAUUCAGAAAGGCCACGUAUGGUGUGGAGGGGUCAGAGUAUCUUUUAGGUUUUCCCAGGAUGGGCUAAGCUCUCAUCCUACUCUACUCAGAGAAGUGAAUGGUUCCUUUAGAUAAAAAUAGAUAAGAGUUACUUUGAACCAUGGAUACGCCGACCCAGUUUUUUAAAGCUUUUUUUUUUUUACUGAAACCUCUAGAUUUACACAUGAUUAUAUAGGCAACCAUUUCCAUGUGUUCCUGUCAAACAUAGCAUAGGAACUGUCAUGCCAGACUGACCAAUUAGCCACUGAGAUAAAAAUCCAGUCUGCUUAUGAAACCAAAGCCAAAGUAGGGCAAUAUGCAAAGCAGGAAAAUCCCAGACAAUCAUGUAUACACUUAUUCUUUCUUUCUAGUUCUUUGUUUUUAUCAGAGUUUCUCUGCUAGUCAUAAUCUCGUGUGUGUCUUUGGAUGUGAAUCUGCGUCACACGAUCAGUUGCUUCACUGGUAAUUUUAUGUAGAUCAUUAAAUUGCACAAUUGUAUUAUGCAUAGCAAUUGAUGUUUUCUUUAAACUUGCUCUUGUUCAUUCAUUCUGGUAUCUCCUGAUUUUUAUAUUUGUAGGAGAAGGGUAAAUAAUAUUUCGCUUUACACUUAUUCCACAUUCUUUUUUCAACACAACUAAUGUCAUUUAAAAAGACAAACUGACACGCAUGUAGGAAUGAAUCCUGAUAAAACCUUUCCUAAUUGUAUUUCAAGCUCUUAACUGUUAAGUAAAUGAGUAUUUGUAUAUAACAUAAGAAUGCCAGUAAAUUGGUGUAUUAUGGAUAUUCUGUUGUGCUUAAAAUAACAACUUUAAGUGUUACUCAGAGUCAACUUGAGAAAUUAAGCUUCAUCUUAUGACAGAUACUUACAACUUUAUGUACAAUCACUUAUACCCAAGUGUAUCUAAGUCACAUGGAAACAUUUUAGCACUUAAAAGAAAAAUCACAGUCUAGAAAUUUCUAUAUGAUUUGAUCCAAAGUUAGCAAAAGAUUCUUGGGGGAGGGGGGUGCGAAUCCUCCAUUUUAUGAGAUGUCAUAGAGUGUCUCUUUUGUUUUAAAAAAAACCAGGAGUCUGGAUUGUGACAAGAUAGUUUAAUAGUAUUUUGAAUAGCGAUUUACGGGUGUGGAUUAAUUCUGAUAUACAGCUCCAUUGCUGGAUUGCAUCUGUGGGUGUGUGUUUAAUGAAAUCUGAGAGAGAGAGAGAGAGAGAGAGAGAGAAUGUGUUCCAAGCCUUUAAUGGGUGUCUUAAUACUUUUAAAGUGAUUUUUUAAUUUGAAAAGUUAUUAUAAUUUUUUUAAAUUGCAAGCCUACUUUUUAGGUAAGAUAUUGGACCCAGCCUUCUCCAAAUGUAUUGUAGACUGUUUUAACUUAAUAUACCUAGUCACUAGGAGAAAAUCUUGUUGAUACGUGGUUUUUUCCAUCAGCAACCAAUGUUUUCUGUAUCCUGUGCAAUAUAUUGUUUUUUUGUUACUUGUAACAACUUUUAUUAAAUGCUUUCUAGAAAAAUGGAAAAUAAAGCAGAUUUAUUUUUA